GUUUAGGCGAGGCUAGUGGCUGCGGGUUGCUACAGCAGCAUCUCCUGCCCUGACUGAGAAAGAUGGAGGAACUUGACGAAUCCGUCCCUGUUGCCGAGGAGCUGCUGCCGUGCAAAGUGUGCGGGAGAAAUUUUUUCCCAAAAGUCCUUAAAAAGCACAUGCUCAUCUGCCAAAAAGCUGCAGCGAAGAAAAGGAGGGUGUUCGACUCGAGCAGACAGAGAGCCGAGGGCACCGACAUCUCGACUGUGAAACCCAUGAAGCCAAAGCCUGAACCACCCAAGAAGGUGUCCAACUGGCGCCGAAAGCACGAGGAAUUCAUCGCCACCAUCCGUGCUGCCAAGGGCCUGGACCAAGUGAUGAAAGAUGGCGGUCCUCUUCCCCCGCCCCCUCCUCCGUCCUAUGAUCCAGAUUAUAUCCAGUGCCCGUAUUGCCAGAGGCGGUUUAGCGAGAACGCAGCGGAUCGGCACAUCAAAUUCUGUAAAGAGCAAGCGUCCCGCAUUUCCAACAAAGGGAAGUUCUCAGGAAGUGAAAAAGCCAAGCCCGCAGCCAAGACGCAGUACAAACCUGCCCCGGUGAAGAAGGCGAGUCCCGUACCGUCCACGUCUUCCGUGUCUUCCUCUCGCCUACCUCAGCGUCCAGCCUACGGUCAGGGUGGAGGAACCGGAAUGUCUGGAACUAAAAGUCCUGUAGGCUCGGUGAAGAAUGUGGCUGCGUCGGCUUCUUUCUCUCCUCCCCGACCUAACACUGGUGGAGUCACCAGUCCUCCCUCUGGGGUUAACACCAAACCUAAAGGUGUGGUUGCUCCGAGUUCACUGAAGAGCACGACGUAUGGAGGAGGGAUGAGUAAGAAGAAGGCCUACACUACUAACAGCUUUAAUUCACGGAACGAGGUGAAAAAUGACAACGACGUAGACUAUUCUGCGCAGGGGACCAAGUUCUGCCAUGAAUGUGGGACCAAGUACCCGGUAGACUGGGCCAAAUUCUGUUGUGAAUGUGGUGUAAAGAGGAUGUGCAUUUAAAGAGCGAAAGAGACAGAGCGUGUUUGCGAGAGAGAGAGAGAGAUGUGUGUCUUUUAAUGCUGAAUUUCCCUUUUUUCUUUUCCAACCAUCACACUCGUGCCCAUGAACUGCAGUCCUUCAGUGUUUAUUUAUAUGCUUUUUGCCUUGUUUUAUUUCGCUUGUGUUUAUUAUCGAAGUGCAAUAUUAUCAACUACUGAACCCUUCUUCUUUUUCUGUUAAAUCAGAAUUUCGCCCAGUGUAGAAUCCAUCUCACAAAUUUAAUUGUGUGUUUUCGAAUAUAAUUCCCGACAUCGCACCUUCAUUUCAAAGCUGGAACGAUCAGACAGAGGAUUGUAAAUUUUUUAAUGUAUUUUUUAAUUUAUGGGAUUUCUUUUAGGAAAUGAAGCAGUUCACGGUUGUCAUUGUGUAAUUUUUGGAUUGUUUUGAAAAGUAAAAAAAAAAAUUCUAUUAUUUCAACAUUUCAUGCAUGCAGAAUGUAAAGUCACCGGAUAGGAUUUAGAACCCCGUCGGCAGCUUAAACACGAUUGGUCCGCAAACAUAUUCACGCUUCAAAACCUCAGCCUGGGGGAAAAAACCCAGAUAUUCAGACUUCACUCCAUGAUCACCCGACUGAAAUCGUAUGCAGAAAACAGCUGUAAGAUCUUAGUAAUCCCGUGUCAUCCUGAGCUCCCUGAAGCCGAAGCACCAUGUGUACAGUAUGAGCCUCGCGCCACUGAUUAACCCUUUUGUGCCGUUCUAGCCGAACUCUACGGCGGUGUAAUGCUUAUAAACGGUGUGUAUCGUUUCUGUAUGACGGAGUGGGUACGAGGCCCGCCGACAGUGUGGACGCUCACACCGGAUUUGUCCCUGUAUACGCAGAAUAAACAUUCAU